ACCACCGCGGCCCUACUACGAUCCCGCUGCUUCGCUGUUCGUAUUGACCACCUUCCAACAGUCUAUCAACACACCUCGACACGGUCCGCCCACACCACAAACUUUCCUACGAGACCCAAAUGUCCACCGCCUCCAAUCGGCGACUGGAUAGCCUCCAGCGCCAGGAGCGCCCUCGAAGGAACACGGUCGGAAAACACCCCAAACGGCACAUCACCGCACAAGAUUCAUACCUGUACGCUCUUCGCGUCGCCUACCUCGCCUACCUCCUGCAGCCCCGCCAGAAGAGGGUUCAACAUGUCGCGGCUCCCAAGCCUGUUCAGCGAUCGUCCACCUCCGUUACAGAUCUCGUGGGCGAUUUCAAGCUCAUUAGAGAUAGCAAAAGCACGAGAUUUCCACAUGGCUUCAUGAGCGAAUUGGACAAGCGGAUAACGGGUGUUCUGAUCGGCAAGGAGAAGCGCCCGGAGUACUCAGAUGCGUUGGUGAAGCGAACAUUCGCCGUCUUCCUCAACGAGUUCAAGGCGCCCCAAUUCCGAAAGUCGAUGGAAAAGGAUAGGAGAGUGGAGGACCUACUGUUGAUUUUCUUUUCGAGCGCUACCAAGGAAUUGCAGAAAGGGAAGCAGCCUGGCGACGAGAGCUGGAAGCUCAUGGUGGACCGACACGUCGCCCUAUUCGUGCGAUUGAUCAGUUCCACCCUCAGAGACCACGACUGGGCCCGAGACCGACCCGAGUUGAGUUUGCGGUUGAAUACGAUGGAAAAGAAGCUUCUCGUGCACGAUCAAGACCUUUCGGCCGAGCAUCAACGGAACGGAGGCGCAGGAGGUUCAACAAUUGAAGUCGAGGUACCUCGCAGUUACGAAGUCAAGGAUAUGCCGCUGGUUUUGGUCGUUUCUCGAAUAUAUGCCAUUUCAUACUCGGACGUCCAGGCGGAUAUCAAUCGCUACAAAUCGGUGUGGACAGAGAAGGCGGCACUACAGGAUCUGAAAACGUACCAGGCACAUCUGAGCCUCAUGAGCAAGAAGACCCUCAACAGCGAUGACUUCGACCUUGAGGAAGCAUAUGAGGCGUGGAAAAAUAACGAGAUUCCAGAUCUGUCACAAAUGAUCCUGGCCAUCGUGCAAUCCAACCCAGAGUUGGCAAAAAGCACCCCCGGUGGGAACUUGCCUCAAUUCAAACCCCAUGUUUCCGCGGACCCCGCAAGUCGUGAUCCAUCAAGGAACUCAUCUAUAGGCGGGGAGAACGGAUCCUCGUACGUCAUUGACCAGCCGGUGGACAUGAGCGGUCUCAAUAUCUCAGACGAUACGGCAAAUGAUGAAACGGCAUACACUUUUGUACCUCCAGAUACACGGCAGUACUACCGCGCCAUCCUCAAGGAGGCGCUGACUCACGACCUUGCAGACACCGAGCUCCAACCCACCGAAGCUACCAGUGAGGCCCCAUCCAUCAAAUUACUAUCAAAGCAAUCUGCCGAACUUCUGAACGAGAUUGCCCUGCGAUGGCGGCUACCCCAAUUCUCAAGGCUUAUCCUGUUCCUGGACGUGAUCAGGGAGAAGUACCAAGCCCAAGAGAUUGAUCUUGACACAUUGGAUGCUGCCUUCAACUAUGUUAAGGAACCGCCCGCGACCGAUAAAAAGUCACACAGGAUGAGUCAAAUACCCGAAUCGAUGUGGGACCGAUCGAAGUGGACCAUCGCGGACUAUGCGCUCAACCAACAGAUAUUGCAUGCUCUCCACGAAGCACUGCUCAGAGAACUGUUCGAAAUUAUGCUCAUGGUCUACGAUUCUAAGACUCCUCCACUAGGCCCGGUUAUGUACGUCCUCAACAAUCACAUAUAUGACGAUCAAUUGUUCUCUGCAAGCCAGGAAGAGUUGGAUGCGUAUACGGAACAAUUACGCGAAGCCCUUUGCCAACGGGCCGCGGAAGUGUACCGGGAGUUGCUAGCGAAGCAUAUUCCUGAACUGAAAGAGCAAUGGGAGUUCUAUCACGUCAUCGAGCUUGGCCGUGCUGUAGUCAAACUCUGUGAGAGGAUACAGAAACGUUACCGAAAGAAUCCAGAGAUCAUGGGCGUGAGCCCGAUGAUGUGUCUCGUAGGAGAGAUGUUCCCAGCAUAUGCGGCCGAUGCAAGAGACCUCGUGGCUAGAAUCAUGGAUGUAGCGCAUAGUAGGGAGGAAGAGGUGCCGAUCCAGGACGGUUUCGAUCUCUACAAAGAGCUCGUCGAGAUUCGACGAAUCCACAGUGACGCUUUGCCGAACCGAACAUUCGCAUUCCACAUUGAAGGAAUGCUGCAGGAUUUCGUCUGGCGAUGGAUUGAAAUGACCGAGGCCAAUCUCCCUGGUUGGGUAGAGAAUGCGUUCAAAGCCGAUCAAUUCCAGAUACAGUCUCAGAACAGCCCACCUAUGGACGACGAGCGUCACAGCGUUUCGGUUGUCGAUAUCUUCCGGUCCUUUAAUCAGAGUAUCGAGCAGAUUGUGUCACUCAAUUGGGAUGAUGAUCUCCAGUAUGCGAAAUUUAUGACCACCAUAUCUAAGGCGGUUGGCCAGGGACUUGCACGAUAUUGCGACCUCGUAGAACAGAAGUUCAGCAAAGAAAUGGAUCGUUUAACGCCCGAACAAGAAGCUGCCGCAAAUCAGACCCGACAGGAGAAGUGGAUCUCUAUGGCAAAGGAUCUCUACGCCCAAAAGGAAAAGAUUGAACCUUUCCAAUUUUGGCCGGAAUCACUGGUUAAGCUCAACAACAUCGAAUAUGCGAUGCACAAGCUGGACAAGCUAGAACGCGAGAUCAACGUUGAUGCUUGUGCGGAGGUUAUCCAUAAACACGCACCGCCCCCUGCUCAGCGGGCUCGCGGUCCGAACAAUUACGUCUUCACCAUCAAGAUCAUCGAAGCUGAAGAUCUGAAAGCCUGUGAUAUCAAUGGUCUAAGUGAUCCUUACGUCGUUCUUGGCGACGAGUACCAGAAACGUCUCGCAAAGACCCGUGUGAUUUACGCCAAUCUUAACCCACGAUGGGAUGAAACGAUUGAUAUCACAACCCAAGGCCCCCUGAACAUCAUUGCAACUAUCUGGGAUUGGGAUACACUAGGAGACCAUGACUGCGUUGGCCGUACCUCGCUCAAACUAGAUCCUUCGCACUUCCGAGACUUCAUGCCUCGUGAGUACUGGCUGGACCUCGACACCCAAGGCAGACUGCUUUUGCGUGUAAGUAUGGAGGGCGAGCGAGACGACAUUCAAUUCUAUUUCGGAAAGGCUUUCAGGACGUUGAAGCGAACAGAAAGGGACAUGACUCGAAAGAUCACUGAUAAGCUUUCUUCAUACAUCCAUCAUUGUCUGUCACGGCGGGCGCUCAGAGCCAUGCUCAACAAGGGCAUUAGUGUCUCAUCCGUCUCCAGCUUCUUCCGCACAGGCGCUCGUCCUCAGUCAGUCAUCCAAGGCCCGACUCAGCAAGACGUUACCAGGGCCUUGGAACCGCUUUUUGACUACUUCAACGAGAAUUUUGCCAUCAUGAAAGAAACGCUAACUGAUUCGGCUAUGAUUAUGGUCAUGACACGACUGUGGAAGGAGGUCUUGGCUACAAUCGAAUCUCUCCUUGUUCCCCCGCUUUCCGACAAGCCCUCUCAGCAACGGCCUCUAACGCAGCAGGAACUUGAUAUUGUGUUCAAGUGGCUGAAGUUAUUGUUUGAUUUCUUCCAUGCGGCAGAUGAAGACGGCAACUCCGAUGGCGUCCCCAUGGAUAUCCUAAAAUCGCCUAAAUAUCACGAACUCCAGAACCUCAACUUCUUUUACUUUGAAUCCACCGAUGACCUUAUCCGGACAUCUGAGUCUAUGGCGGCCGCCAAUGCGCUACGGCAGCAGGAACAGUCAGCACGGCUGAAUCGCAUGUCUGCACCGGCAAAUAUGGGCCAUCAGUUUGGAGGUGCUGCUGGCCUUCUUGGCAUGCCUACCAGAAAGCACAAGACCAUAAUGCUGAGCAGGAACCUGGGUACGAUGAAAAAGGCGAAGGAAGAGAAGCGAAAAGAAGCCCAAGCGGACCCCAACGACGACAUGAUCUUGAGGAUCCUCCGAAUGAGACCCGAGGCUGAGCGAUAUCUCAAGGACCGCAGCAGACAGAAGGAACGACUAGCAGCUGCGCAAGCCGCAGAGAUGAUAGUGCGGCAAAGUCUCAACGCUGGCGGGGGACGCAUGACCGGCACACUACCUCGACGGUAGAGACAUCAUGAUUACCUUUCUGAUUUUCCCUUACUCUUCCAAGGUCCUUCCAUUUUCCUCACUGUGUCCCUGCCUUCUAUACGGCCAUGAUUACGAUAGGAUACCUCUGCAUC